CAUACGUAGGCCCUGUCCAAGUAAAAGACUGCAGCGACCCUGACAGCAACUCAGCUGUCUGUCUUUGGCACUCCACAAAAGAGCACGCUGGCUUCGUUGUGCAAAACGAUUGCCACUUUUUAACACUAUUAAUGCUCAUAUAGCACGCGACGAUACUUAUCAGCGGCGUGGACUGGGUCCGCGCGGGGCAAGUGACAGGACCAUGCUGCACUCGGCCCACACCGCCCGGCGCCUCCUGGCUGCCAGUCAAAGGUCUGGGCCCAAACGAUGCGUUGUGGUUGCUCCUGGGAGAUGCCCGGCCCACAAAUGCGUGAGGACCAACGUGGUCGCAAAUUCUAGCACGGCAGCGCGGUCGGCGGUCAGCUCAGCCCAGGGUCUGUUUGCCACUCAGCCGAUACCGACAGAGCUCGAUGGACAGGGCGCGGCGGUCAACAACGCGCCUCCCUCAGAGCCCAUGAACAACCUGACCCGGCUAGCAGCAGCAAAUCAAUCAUGCCAGGUCUUGGAGGCGCUCAGUAACACAGCACGGCUGCUGCGCAGCCAGGCCGACCCGGCUACCCGGACGUUAGACUCGGUGACGCUUCAAGCGCUCUUCCAGAACGGCUAUGACACCUUGGUGGCGCUGCUCCAGGCGCUGCCUAUGUGCCCCGGAGCAUACAGCCCCGCAGCAGUGAUCCCGGAGACCUGCAUCACCCUCUUUCACACACAUAACGUCCUCCUCUCGGCGGCCUAUGCCAGCAACCAGGACCUGGACGUCUACACGGAGCUCAUCCAGGCAGGGCUGGGGCUGUAUUUGCUCAAAGCGCCGCGCAGCAGCGGCUUCUCCUGCUCCAACGGCCAGCUGGACGCCAUCCUGGACUCCCUCGCGCAUCAGGACCUGUGGACAUUCCAGCGGCUGCUGUGGCUGCGCAUCCUGCCCAGCAUCGCAAAGUGGGACUCGAUGCAGGACUUCAUGAGCGUCAUCGACAGCUGUGAGCUGCAUGCUCAGUCGGCCUUGCGAGUGGCAAUGCAAGCGGCGGCGGACGCAUCGGCCGCUGCCAGCGCCACCUCCAACAGCACCAACUCAGCGGCAAUGGAAUCGCGCUCCUGGACCAGCACGGCCGCCACCACCACCACCACCACCCGCGGCUCUGCACACACAUCCUACGCAGUCUACGCAAAUGGAUCGCUGGGAAAUGUGUACGGAGCGGCAGCCACAUCGGUCGCGACAGCGUUCACUGCUGACGCGGUAGGUGAACGGGCCAGCAGCGGGAGCAGCACAAGCACCAGCGGCCGCGCUACCGGGACCAGCAACGACAGGCGGUCAGAGCACGACGAAUACCUGUGCCUCAUGUCAGAGUGCAUCCGCGCAGCGUUUGAUGGCGCGGCGGUGCGCGGGCUGGCGGCUGCGGAGCAGCCCUACAUCGCAGCACGGGAGCUCCUGGAUGCCGCGGCUGCAUUUGACAAGCGGCAGCGGGCUCCCUCCACGCCGCCAGCGCUGCGCUACACGUUCAUUCCGAACCCCACCUGGCUCAGCCACGUGGCGGCGGCCGGCGUGGAGGCGCGACUGGUGCCCAUGAGCAUUGACCCGGAGCAGACGAUCCAGCUGCUGCGCGACCUGGAUGCGAUGGCGCCCAAGCCGCUGGAGCCCCACGGCGCCGCGAACCGGUGGCUUGACGCCAAGGGCCAGGCGGCUGUGGAGGGGGCGGUGCUGCGCCACACGGCCAGCCACGCCUGGACAGAGGAGCAGGCGCUCCAAGUGUUGCAGGUCCUGGCGGGCAAGUGCCGGUCCCCACCCAGCGAUGCCCUGUGCGGCCUGGUCGAGGGGCUGCUGUUCACGUGCGCGGACGCGAAGGAGGACCUGGGCUUCCUGUGCACGCUGCUGCAGGAUGCGUGCGACCUGGUGGACAGCCGCGGCGCCGCCGCUCUGUCGCCGGCGCACACGUCCAUGGUGCGGGUGGUGCUAAAUCGCGCCAUCUGCCUGGUGGGCUCCGCCAGCAACGAAGGGACUGCCAUCUUCCCCACGACGCCUGCAAGCAGCAGCUCCGGCGCCGGCGCCGGCGUGCCGUCCUGGCGCAACCGCGACUUCAUGUUCAACUCCUACCCGCGGCUGCUUGCGGCGGCGCGCAAGUUUGACUACCCACUGCAGGCGUUCCGGCUGGACGAGUACGCGGCUGAGCUGUACAACCACCUGGCGGCGCAGCCGGGCCACGAGCUGGUGGCCGUGGGGCCGGAGGGCCUCAUGCGCGCGCUGGCCGCCGUGGCCGGCACGCCCUGCUGCCGCGACCCGCAGUUUGCUGCCGCCUUCGAGCGUGCCUGCCUCAACGUGGUGUCGGUGCAGUUUGCGGUGGGCUACACACACCCCAAGCGCUGGCUGGGGCUGCUGAAGCGCACGGCGGAGGCCCUGGCCUUCCCCAUGCCCGACCUGGCGGCGGCAGUGAAGGCGAUGAUGGUGCGGCUGUGCGACAGCCGCCGCCACACCAGCUACUUCUGGGACAUGCUGCCGCUGGUGGGCGCACUGGAGCGUAGGGCUGCUGAGGCGGUGGGCAAGCCGCAGGCUGCUGAGGCGCCGGCGGUGGGGUGGACGCCGGUGGCGGAGCUGCCGGCAUCUGGAUUGGGACAGGGCUCGUCCGCCGCGGCUGGGAGCGGUGCGCGCUAUGCGAAGGGCGUUACCGCGGUGCCCGGGCGCAGGGGCUCUCCCGGCUCCCGGCUCGUCGGCGGUCGCCAUACAGUCAACACAGUAUCCAAGUCCGCUGCCAGCAGCAUUGGCGCCACCAGCAGCACUAGCCAGCGCGCCAUCAUUCCACCGCCUGACCUGACGCGCUACCUCGUCAGUGAGGAGGAGUUUGCGGCGUGGUGUGAGGAGCUGGGUCAGCGCCUGGCGCUGCACAUGGCCAUGGCCACAGACAAGGACCGCGCCGCCCAGCUGUCGGUCCUGGGCAUCUCCGUCUGACCGGCCCCACAUGCUGCAGGGCA